AAUGAGUCUCAUAUAUAAAAAUCAUCUAGUGUUUCCAACAUUCAAACAUUCAGAAACUAUUACUACUCAUAAACCUUCAUCAUUAAGACCUAUUUAGAGAUUUUAAUCAGUUACACCUAUAAGGUAAGGAAAUGCAUGCAAGAUUCGUCCUCUCAAUAUUACUGCUCUGCCUGGAAAUGAAACAACUAUCAAUGGAGAAAGUACGAUAACACCUAGAUAAAAGCAAUUACCAAUUCUUACACCUCGAAUAUAGAGAAGCGAUGAAUAAAACUUGCAUGAUUAUUUAGAUCAUCUAAAUUCGAUCAGAAAAUAAAAAUAACCAACAAAAUAGGCUGUAAUGAAAAAAAUUAGAACUGAAACUGAAAUAAUGAAACUCGAAAGCUAAACUUUAAUAUAAAGAUUUAAAAAAGUCAAAGAAUAGCAGGAAUAAAAAAAAAAAUAUUCACUUUUGUAAACCAUUAAGAAUCCAUAAGCUUAACAAUAUAUUAAUUUUAGCAAAUAAAUAUUUAAUUUAAUACAUAAUUUACAUUAAUUAAAAGUAUAGAGAUAAAAUUAUAUUUUAGGAAUAUUUAAAUAAUUCAAGAAAGAUGUUUUAAGUGGUAAAAAAUUUAAUUGGUAUGAAAAAGAAUUUAAAAAAAAUCUUAUUGAAAUAAUCAGCUGAUGAAUUAAUAGACUUUUAGGACAUAGCAAAAAUGUGUUGCAUUCGUGAAAUACAAUAUAUAAAUGGAGAAUAAAGAAUGAUAGACAAAUUUGAUUUGACCUUGAUGGAUGAUCUUACAUAUAUGAGUGAAGCAAUAGAGAAUUUGUUAUUAUAAAAUAAUUUGAAUGCAAUUAAAAGAAUGAGCGAUAAUGUAUUUAGGUUAAUAAAUCCUAGAUUUAAAUUGAAGAAUUAGAGAUUUCAAAACUAAGAGAAUAAUUGGGGAUGAGAGAAGAAGAUUAAAAGUUGUCUGUCUCUACUUUGGCAAUGCAAAGAUUUAAACCUCAUUUAGAAUUAGAUAGCAUAGAAUAAAGAUUAGGAUAAUUAUCAUAGAUACCAAAAUAAUUCAGAUAAACUUCAUAAGUUUUAUGUGAAAUAGUUGAUAAAUUAAACGAAUGA